GAUAUAACUUAAACUGCUUUUCAUAACCUUUUUCAAUUUAUUUAAGAUAAACAUAUAGUAUUUCAUGUAGUACAGAAGAAUGUUGUUUAAAUAAAUAUAAAUUUAUAUAAUGAAGUAAAGUUCAGUUGCAGAUACGGUCGUGUUGCAUAUUACAGAAAUUGAUUGAAAUGCUUUACUUGGGAAACAUUUUUUGAUCCGUAAGAAUCUUAUUACCGUGACCUUAUCUACGGCCUUAGCCCCUUCCACUGGGGUUUUCAUACCUGUGUAUACGACGGAGCACAAAUGCUAAUGGAUGACUAAUUAAACAACUUAUUUCAAUAAAAUGACAUUGGAAGAUGCACAAAAUGCAGCAAGGAAGGCAGUACAAUCUGAUAGUCAGUGUCAAUACAGACAAGCUUUAUAUUAUUAUAAUGUAGCUAUAAAGUUUCUUGUAGAAUUGCAAGAUCCUGUAUAUGAUCAAAAAGUUUCUGAAUAUCAGGAGAGAGUAUCAAUUAUACAUAAUCUUAUUAGUGAAGAAGAACAGAAACAUCAUAAGGCACAAACUACCGAUCAAUCUAAGUUACAAAAAUGUAAGUUUCUUAUGAAUCAAGCACAAGAUGCGGAUGAAGCUGGUUUGAAAGAUAUCGCUGUGAAAUUAUAUACAGACGCUGCUGAAUUAGGACUUAGCAUGAAAAUUACCGAUAUAGAGGCAAAGGCUAAAUUAACAGCUCUUAUAAAGCUUGCACUUGAUAGGGCAGAAUCAUUAAAAGGUUUAAGAACAGUAAAUAGUAAUGAUAUUCUUAAAACCCUUUCUAAAUUACCUCCUGUACCCGAAACAAGUCUGGAUGAGGAUAUAGACAAAACAUCAUGUACAACUACAACAACAACCGCUACAAGCUCUAAUAACACUGGGAAACCAUCUCGACCGCCACUUCUUCAAGAAAGUAGUGCACAUUUGAAAGUGAGUGGUGGUAGUACUAAUUACACAGAAGAAGAGAAAAGUGUUUUGCUUCAUAGUUCUCAUAUCAAUGAUCAUAAGUUUGUACCUUUCAUGAUUACUGAUCUUACAGAAAAGUUUCAGUAUGCUAUUCCAUUUACUGAUGAAGAUGGUUUAUUAGCAUUAGCACCAAAACAGAAGUCUGAUUUUGCAAAAUGGUGCCGGCCAGAAGAAUUAUUCUCUGACCCAAAAAUGCUUAAAACGUCUCAUGUUGAUUACUACAGUAUAAAACAGACAGUUGUUUCUGAUUGUUCCUUUGUUGCUUCUCUUGCAGUUAGUGCUCAGUAUGAAAAAAGAUUUGGACGCAGACUUAUCACCUCCAUUAUUUAUCCAAAAAAUAGAAACAAAGAACCAAUAUAUAAUCCAUUUGGAAAAUACAUGGUGAAACUACACAUUAACGGUGUGUCACGCAAAGUUAUAAUAGAUGACUUAUUGCCUGUAAGCCGAUACAACCAAUUACUUUGUUCCUACUCUAGCAAUCAUGGUGAGCUGUGGAUUUCGUUGCUCGAGAAGGCAUAUAUGAAAGUAAUGGGUGGUUAUGAUUUUCCUGGAUCAAAUAGUAAUAUAGAUUUACAUGCUUUAACUGGCUGGAUACCAGAGAGAUGGGCUAUAAGGCCUGGCGAACCAGAUUUUAAUGAAGACAAUCUAUUUAAUGUAUUAUUAACACGUUUGCACAAAGGAGAUGUAUUAGUAACAGUUGCUACUGGAGAAUUAUCUGAUUUGGAAGCUGAUAGAACGGGUCUUGUACCCACCCAUGCUUAUGCUGUUCUUGAUGUUAGAAGAAUAAAUGAUGAAAGAUUAUUACAACUUAAAAAUCCUUGGUCACAUUUACGAUGGAAAGGAAAUUAUUCUGAACUUGAUAGAGUACAUUGGACAAAUGAAUUAAAGAAAGCACUAAAUUAUGAUCCAGAUUCUGCGUCCCAAUUUGAUAACGGAGUUUUCUGGAUUGAUUAUUUUAGCAUAUGCCGAUUUUUCGAUGUCUUUUAUUUAAACUGGAAUCCAGGUUUAUUUAAUUACACUUAUUGCAUUCACCAAAUGUGGAACUCAGGAAUAGGACCAGUGAAAGAUGCAUAUAAUAUCGGUGAUAAUCCUCAAUUUUUACUAGAAGUGAAAAACCACGUUAAUGGAGCUAUAUGGAUUCUUCUUACCAGACACAUUACAGACAUAGCAGAUUUUAGACAAAAUCAAGAAUACAUCACAGUAUUAGUUUAUCGAAAUGAUGGAAAAAGAGUAUAUUAUCCUCAUGAGCCACCACCAUAUAUCGAUGGGGUAAGAAUAAACAGCCCACACUAUCUUUGUAAAAUAAAACUAGAUCCUCAAAGUGAUACUCGAUAUACUCUAGUCAUAUCGCAGUAUGAAAAAACAAAUACAAUAUAUUACACUUUACGCGCCUACGGAUCUUGCGAGUUCUCAUUAAGGAAAAUACCAAAUUUUUAUAAAUAUGAAAAGGAGCUAACUGGUCAAUGGAAAGAUAUUACAGCUGGUGGAUGUAGUAAUCAUCCAACAUACCAGAAUAAUCCGCGAUACCAGUUAAUCUUGGAAAGUUCAAGUAAUAAUAACUAUUUGCUGAUUAUACUGAAGGGACCUAAACAAUAUCAAAUAGGAUUUGAUAUUUUAACAGUUGUAUUAAAUGAUUCUGACGCACCUACCGCAUUCAAAGUGAAAAACUCUGGUCCAUUCAGAUCAGGAUUUGUUUACCUGGAAUUAGAAGAUGUACCAGCAGGUACAUAUCACAUUAUUCCAUCGACAUAUAUCCCUGGACAAGAAGGACAUUUCUUUUUAAUUUGUAAAUCGUUUUGCAAAUUACAACUUCAACAUAUUCAGUAACGAAAUUAUUGUCUAUGUAAGCUCUGUAUAAAGGAGGAUUUUAAUAAUAUAUUGUACAAUUAUUAAACAUA